AUGGCUUCAGCAACAGCCAGUACGAAGGUGAAGGUAUCUGGCUACGCUAAGCGCAACAACGCAUCUGCCGCUGUACCGUUGGAACUCGACUCUGAUCCUGACUUCAAUCCCGGAGUGUAUAUUCCUGAAGAUACCAAGAAGAACAAGAGAACUAAACGAGCCAGUCAUCCUAAAUUAGGGAGCUCUAGAGGAAAGAAACGACAGCGCGACUCGGACGAUGAUUAUGAUGUGCCGAAGGCUCGCAAAAGAUACCGACCUGACGUGAAGGGUGAGAAUCCGUUACUUGAGUUCUUCAAUGAUACUGAGGAGCUCGGCCUCCAUUCUGCGUCUGAGGACGAGACCGAUGACGAUGAAGAGAGGGAAGAUGAUGAUGAUGAAGACCAAGAAGAACUAGAUGAUGACGCACCCAUCAUUCUGAAAUCUAUGGUUGGAUUUACAAGAAAGACGACACCUGAGAAGCCUACUCAGCCGCCGAUAGAAGAUGACUCGGUUACAGAAUCGGAUACAGACGAGGAGGAUUUAGUACCGGUGCCCCCGUCACAGAUAGUAGCUGCAAAGCCAAUGCCAGCUGUGGUUGACGAUGAUUCAGUGACCGAAUCUGAUACAGAGGACGAAAGUGCAGAUUCUAUAGUUCCUCCUGUCGCUUCGAAAACCUCGCAAAUGAAGCCAACCUACGACCCGAAUUCUGUGACUGAAGAGGAUUCGGAAUCAGUGACCGAGGAGGACUCGGACAUGGAUGAUAAGCCCAUGAUGAUUAGCCCACAUUUGAAACCUCGCCCUGGUUUUCCACUCGCUUCUGGUCAGAAGCCCCUAGGUCCAUUAGUCCUUGACGAGGCUAAAGGAAUUAAGGUUCCUGCUUCUAUCAACACGUACCUACGGGAGUACCAGCGUGAUGGUAAAACGAUCCAAGUCAUAUCAUUCCUCGCCGCUAUCAUGCGCAAGGAUGGGGUAGUCACAGACAAGCACCGGAGACGCGAUCAUGUUUCGCGAUUACAAGACGGCUCUGCCUGGAAAAAGCAUAGGAAAUUGCCAGCUGCCGAUGCGACCUGGCCGACUUGUUUAAUUAUUGCGCCCACAUCUCUCGUGCUGAAUUGGGCCAGAGAGUUGAAAACUUGGGGAUACUUUGAGGUAGGCCUGUACAUUGGUAACAAAGAAAACCGACGCGUUGUCCUUGAUGACUUCAAGAAGGGACGUCUUGACGUUGUCAUCACCUCCUUCGACCUUGCAAGAAGGGAUAUCGACGCCAUCGACACGCUCGCUUGGACUUGUUUAUUCGUUGACGAAGUUCACCGCGUAAAGAAUAUCACAUCAAAGGUUACUCAGGCGUACCACCAGUUCACUACCCAACGAAGAUUUGGGCUCACAGGGACGGCCAUCCAGAAUGGUUAUAUUGAGUUGUACACACUUCUAGAUUGGACGAAUCCCGGACGGAUAGGCACACCUAGGCAGUGGAAGGGCUUCGUCGAGAAGCCUCUCCUUGUAGGUCAGUCUGCGAAGGCUUCUGAGGAGGAGAUAGCAAAGAGUAUGCAAGUGGCGAUUACCCUCCGAGAUAAGAUCAUGCCGCGCUUUUUCUUGCGAAGGACAAAAGAGAUCAUAAAAGAUCAACUCCCGCAGAAAAUUGAUCAGGUGGUGUUCUGCCCUCUGUCCGACAUACAGAUCAGUGUUUAUAAGCGGAUUCUCGAGACGCCUGCCGUGCAGAACCUGAUACACAAGGACGAUGACUGUUCAUGUGGGUCCGGGAAGAAGCGAAAAGAUUGCUGUGUGCCGUAUGAACCUGCGGAUGUCCUUCGAUACAUGGCAAUCCUAUUGAAACUGUCAAAUCACCUGGCUCUUAUAUUGCCUUCUCCAACUGAUUCCAAAGAGCAGGUGCUACGCAACCGCCAACUAUCGGAGAUUGCAUUUCCGGACGGUGCACCGAUGUACGUCGAGGCGACGUUGAAUCCGAAGUACUGUGGGAAGUGGCUUACUUUGAAAUUAUUACUCGGAAAAUGGAGGAAGGAUCCGACGAACAAAGUCCUCAUCUUUACUAAAUCAGUUAAACUCAUCGAGAUGCUGGAACAUCUGCUCAAGGUUCGCAGCUACACCUUCGUCAAACUCGAUGGAAACACUAAGCAAGAAACUCGGAUGGAGUACGUUGAUCAAUUCCAAAACGAUCCAGACGUUUACAUCUUCCUCAUCUCGACUCUGGCCGGUGGGACCGGAUUGAACUUGACUAAGGCGAACAAAGUAGUUAUCUUUGAUCCUAAUUGGAACCCUGCACAUGAUCUCCAGGCAAUGGAUAGGGCAUUCCGCUUGGGACAAACGCGAGAUGUUGAAGUAUAUCGACUGCUUGGGGGUGGGUCGCUAGAAGAGCAAAUCUAUGGACGGCAACUGUAUAAGCAACAACAAAUGGCGAUUGGUUAUGAAGCCAGUGUGCAAACCAGAUACUUUGAUGGUGUUCAGGGUGACGCGCAAAGACAAGGAGAACUUUUUGGUAUCAAGAACAUAUUCAAACUCAACGAAGGCUUAUCGACCAAAAUGACGAUCGAAAAAGCUAAUAUUGCGGAGUUGGACUGGGCACUCGCCAAUAUGAAUCCGGAGAAAAAGCGGAAAAUGUCCGACGAACAGAAAAAACUGUUUGACGCUGAGAAAUCAGAGUCUCAUAAAGACGAUGGUUUGCGUGGUCUUGCCGCUCUCUUCUUCGAUGACGAGGCUAUGCCAGUAAUUUCGGCGAAGCCAAUGACUGAGGCCGAAAAAAUACUUGCAGCCGCUGGUGUGCAAUAUAGCCACCGCAAUGAUCAUAUCCUUGCCCCUAGCAAGAUCGGAGCGGUGCGCGCCAAAAAUGUACUAGCCAAGACGAAGAAACGCGCCAGCGUCAAAUCUAAGCCUCGGACAUCGGCAGGCAGGACAGCUCGGAAAGAUCAACAGGCCAUGGAACGACGGAGUUCGUGGCCACCCAUUCGACAUGGGGUGCACCACCGGACCACCAAGCUGGUGGCACCCCCAAAGACCACAGAUAGGACCCCUGGGCCGCAACAAAUUGAUGAGCCUUCAACCUUGAAUCCUGCUUGGACCCCCGAGGAGACGCGAGCCAAUCGCCAGCGUGCAUUGAUUGAAAUUGGGUGGCUCAAGUCCCCUGAUGACAUGCCUGCCUUUGCUCUUAAUCUGAUAAAUCAACCCGAAGACGCUCGAGCAAACAUUCUGCGUAUGCUGGACGAGCAUGCAAUGAAGUACCCUCCGGAUCUAUCUUCAGACUAGAUCUUUAGAGCAUGUUGUAUUUUUAUUAGUAUUUCUACUUAUGUAUCAACAUGAACCGGUUGUCUUAGUGUAUUCCGGUUUCCUUUUGACUUGAACCGCACAUUAUUUUCUUCAGGGCGAGCCGGCGUCGAUGUUUACCGGCGUGCUGUAGUGGCACUUAUUCCAUCUGCCAUACACUUUGGUGCAGGUCUUAGUGGACUCUUUU